UCGGAGCCACAAAGACUACUAGUCUUCUGCGAUGGCACUUGGUGUGGUCCGGAAACUGAUACCCGAACCAAUAUUCAGAUCCUGGCAGAAAUGACUGGCAUCGACAUGAAGAACCCAAGAGGAUCAAGAGAACUCGAGGACCCAACACGAAAGCUCCGAGCAAAGUACUUCAACGGCAUCGGUCUGGGAAGCACCUUCUUCGCCUACCUUUUCAACGGCGCGACUGCAAAUGACAUCGGAGACACUUGUGUUGAGAUCUACCAAUACAUUGCGCAGUACUACCGCGAAGGAACAGAAGUUUGGUUAUUUGGUCUGAGCAGAGGUGCCUACACAGUACGAUGCGUAGUAGGCAUGAUCAAUAAUUGCGGCAUUGUCAAGAACCCAUCUCGUGAUCUUUGUGAUCAAGUUUAUCGCGUCUACUCCUCACCAUACGACGCUGAUAAGCCAUCUUCAGCACAGAGCAAAGAGUUUCGAGACAGAGCAAGCUGGAAUGUCGCAACACCAAUCAAGUUCAUGGGCCUUCUGGAUACUGUCGGUAGCAUCGGCAUUCCUUCCUUGGACGCUGGCAAUGGACCUUCCUACCCUACCCUGUGGGACCAAGUCGUUUCAAGCAGCGUUGACCAAGUCUACCAUGCUUGCUCUAUUCACGAUCGUCUGUCACUCUUUCAGCCGUGCUUGACCAAGCGCGACCGUCGUAACGGCAAAACUGCACCCACUAUCCAUGAGACAUGGUUCCCAGGCUGCCAUUACGAUCUUGGUCGUCAACGCUUUAAGUUCCUGCGCAGCAGGGCAGUCGAUCCUCUGGAACGUCUUCUCGUUGCAGUUCCAAAUCUCCUCUCUGGCACUAUAGAGCCCGACGGCGUCUUAGCUGACGUCGUGCUUCGCUGGAUGCUCCAAGGAAUCAACCACGAGAUGCCCACUCAGACCGCCAUCCCAAACAUCGAAUCCAAGAUCGCAAAGCUCGAAUUACAGAUCAAAUCGGGUCAUGAUGACGUUGGUUCUGGCGACGUCUACUCGCCUCAAAAGUCGCUUAUGUACGCCCCCUUUGGCAGGAUCAUCUCAUUCUUGCCUCAGCCUCGCGCGGUCUAUGACGCCAUCUCCGUUCUCAUGGCUGUUCGCGAUCGACGUAUUCCUGAUGAAGGUGCGUAUGUGUUCCCGUACAAGGACAACUUUGAAGGUGGAAAAAGGAGCAUCGAAGAGUUGGGCCAGGUUACCAAGAAGAGAUAUCCAAGUCGUACAUACGAAAGCUGGCAAGCGUGGAGCGCAUACUUCCCACAAAAAGACGAC